AUGGAAGAUCCGAAUCUCGUAAUUAAUGAAGAAUUUUUUGAAAAUUUAUGGCCUCUUAUUUUGGAUAAUAACAUUUGCGAUAUCAAAAGCGAAGACACAUCAAAGCAUUUUGUACCCGAACGCAAAUUCGAUUACAUUUGGGCUCAUACGCUUUUGGCCGAAAAUCAUUUUGCCGAUUAUCUCGAACCCGUGGAGUUAACUUGUAAAUCAUCACCGGAGGCCAGUAGCCUAGAUGAAGUUAAAUCGCCUGAGGAAAUCGAGCAGAAACCUUAUCGUGGCUUAGAUCAAUGUGUAGUGCCACUUGAACAGCAAUUAAAGGCCAUUGAAUGUGACGUGCAGUUACGUAAAAAGCUUGCAUACGACUUUGCCAAUCGCAUCUUUCCUUGGUACAUACAAUCGCCCUCAUACAAUAAUGAUUUUACUCUUACGGCCGAGUUAAAAGCGCAAUUCCCAAAUCCACACGAAUACGAAAUAUUAUACAAUAUUAAUUUAUUUCAAUGCAAUCUAAUGAUAAUCGAUCUUGGUAUCGACCUGACGUUACAGGAUUUGGAACGUUGGGAAAAAUUUUCACCUUAUGUCGCCAUCGUUACCGUUGUGCAUUCACCCGAUCUUUUUCGACAAUUGAAAAAUUACGAUACCAUAUUUCAACCAGUUUUAACCGAGGAGAAUGUUGAGCAAACCUGGCAAGAGGAAUUAAAUUGCUCACUUAAACUGGGCAUUAAAUUUGCAAGAAGCAAGUUCCUAUUUGAAGAUGCCGGGAAAGCAUUUGUGUUCGUAUUUUCGAAUAAUCGUGGCAUUUGCACUUGUGAUAACUAUAAAAUUCUUAAUAGGUUGUAA